UUCAAAAACUCCAUACACCUAACCCCAAUUUCGCGACGACAUCACUUUUCAACCCAUAAGAAUAAUCAAAUCCAACCACACGUCGCAAACAUGAGACCUAUUCUCUUGUCAGGCCAUGAACGAGCCUUGACCCAGAUCAAGUACAACCCCGAUGGUGAUCUACUCUUCUCCGUAGCCAAGGAUCAGCACAUUUGCGUUUGGUAUUCCCAUAAUGGCGAACGAUUAGGCACGUACAAGGGUCACCAGGGUGCCAUCUGGACUGUCGAUGUUGACCCCACCUCUACUUUCAUCGCGAGCGGCAGCGCCGAUAACACUAUCCGCCUAUGGGAAAUCAAAACUGGCCGAUGUCUGAAAGCAUGGGAAUUCCCUACUGCCGUCAAGCGUGUCGAAUUCAGCGAUGAUGGCCGACAAUUACUGGGUGUCACAGAGAAGCGUAUGGGUCAUCUUGGCACCAUCGUUGUUCUAGACGUUAUCCUCGACGUUGAUGCUGAGCAGAGUGACGAGCGCGCUCUAACUAUUGUGUGCGAUGAGAGCAAGGCCACUGUUGCUGGCUGGAGUUAUCUCAACAAGUACAUCAUUGCUGGGCAUGAGGAUGGUUCCGUUUCCCAGUACGACGCCAAGACUGGAGAGCUACUCGACAAUGUCCCUCUGCACGAGCUUAACAUGCAAGUGACAGACCUGCAAUGGUCGCCUGACCGCACCUACUUCAUUACCGCCUCGAAAGACAAGACCGCUCGACUAGUGGCAGCCCGCGACCUCGAACUUUUAAAGACGUACCCUACCGACACAUCACUCAACAGUGCAUGCAUUACUCCUAAGAAGGAAUACGUCAUUCUAGGUGGUGGUCAAGCUGCUAUGGACGUUACCACAACCAAGGCCCGCCAAGGAAAAUUUGAGGCACGCUUCUACCACAAGAUCUUUGAGGAUGAGAUCGGUCGUGUGCGAGGUCACUUCGGUCCUUUGAACACGGUAGCCUCCAACCCCACCGGCAAGAGCUACGCGAGUGGUGGAGAAGACGGCUACGUCCGAAUCCACCACUUCGACAAGGCCUAUUUCGAUUUCAAGUACGAGGUUGAGCGUGAGCGUGAGAACCGGCUAUAGUAUCCCGGCUCUGUCAGACUUCCAAUAGCCUCCGUUCCCGAAUCACCCGAACGAUUCUAAAGAAGUCCCACUGCAUAUGCCACGAUGCAAUGCAAUGCGAUGCGACGCGAUGAGAGAAGACGAGAAAAGAGAGGGGGAAAGGGACCAGGAUCUUCGGCGUUAUGUUCUCGUCUUGUGUCCUUUUUUUAUUAAAGUGUAGUUAAUUCACGUCAUUUUUUUGCUUGUCUGUCCCCCCCUCCCGUGGCUCUUUGCAUCCGGGAAGGAAAUGAACGGACUAGCUGGCAGGCUUUUCGGCGUUGGUCGGGACGGAUUACAACAUCGUACACAGCUCUGUCUGGUUUGACUAGCCUUCCUCUACGAGAAAAGAAGUAAGAGAGCAAACAAGGAGCAGAGUAGAGAGGGGGAUAGUGACGAGAAGAAACUAAGAGGGAAAAAAACCACCAGAACACUGAGAUCUAGAUGAUGAAAUAGGAGAAGACGAGAAUUAGUCAGGUAGUAGUUGCUACAUACAAAGUAGUAGUGGCAGGUAUCUAAAUACCCAGGGAAGCAGGGAGCAACGGUUAAUACACCAGGGCUUACUCCGAGAUGCAAGUCAAUCAAUCAAUUCAUCAUCAUCAUUAUCAGACACAGCAACCAAGUUUUUCACUUUAUUAGAGCCUUGGAAAUCAAGACAUUAAUCA